ACUGAGGCAAUAGACAAUAAUGUGUGUUUGUUUGUGUGUGUGGGCUCCUUAGACCAGUGCUCUGAUUAACUAACAGUAGCUUUCUCACUCCUAUGUUUUGGAUGCUGCGUUCAAUAGCACAACACCGGCAGAAUGAUGGAGAGAGGGUCGUCUUCAGGGGCAGACAGUAGACGGAGCACAGAAGCAGCCGCAACCAAACUCACUGAAGAGUCUACGCUGAAGCGAGGAGAAAGUUACAUCAGGGAGAACAGCAUGGCCCCUGUAGAGGCAGAGCAAGAAACUCCAGACAGAGCACAGGAUUCCAGUGAGAACUCCUUGAUGAAGCUGCAGAGCUUUGACAUUGACCUGUGCUCAUCGUUUCUGCCGAGCCCCGAGGAAGGUCCGGGAACACCACGGAGCAAGGAGCAAACUGCUCCGAUCAGUCGGAGUGGUACUGCUGAUGAGGGAAGCACUGGGGAGCACACUGUCCCAAUUAUUGAUUUCAAAUUAAUGCAUCGGCAGGAUAGUGAUGAGCCGAUUCCAGCCUUUGAAGGCUGGCAGAGUGAGCUGGAGAACGGAGUCGAAGCCCAUCGAUCCAUGGGGGCUGGCAGAUUACUGCACCACAUCACCGAGGGCGAUAACCCACUAGUGUCACCACGUUGCUCCAGUUUUAGCAAGAGCCAAAGAUUUGUAUUGGACACGGAAGCUGCCCCUUCUCCACCAAGUGCUCAGCUCUUCAUCAUGCCAAGAAACUCUUCACUAGUCAAUUCAGAAGCUGAGAACAGUCCAAUGCUGAUGACACAGCUGACUAAACAGAUCCAGAAUUUGAGGAAGAAAAUACGCAAGUAUGAAGAAAAAUUUGAGCAAGAGAAAAAAUAUCGGCCAUCCCACAGUGAUAAAGUUGGCAAUCCAGAAGUCUUGAAGUGGAUGAAUGAUCUGACAAGGGCCCGUAAGCAGUUAAAAGAGUUGAAGCUGAAGAUCUCCGAGGAGGAGAGCAGGCGGCAUAGACAUCGAAGCAGCGUGCUGCCCGGAAACUCCAGGCAGGACAAAGAGAACAAGCACCAGGGAUCCGGAGAAUCCCAGCAAAAACCGAGUGUUGAGGAAACUGUACACAUUGUGAUGAAAAAGUUGAAAGAAAAGCAGGAAAUACUUGGCCUUCCGGAGGACGUUAAGGAAAUGACACAAAAGCAACUGAGGUUAGAUAAGGUCAACAUGCAAAAUUGCCUAUUGCAUUUUGAAAGCCUUUAUGGACGACCGGUGAACAAACAGGAAAGACUGCUAAUGAAGCCGCUCUAUGACAGAUAUCGAAGUAUUAGGCAGCUUCUCUCUCCUGCAGCAGCAAUCCCCACUAUUGAAGAAGAAGGUUCAGAUGAAGAAACUAUUCUGAAGAGUUGUGAAAUAUCAACCAGACCGAUAGAGGAGUUUCCUUUUCAAGAAUUUGUAGGCAAUGUAGACCAUAGAGAUGAAGAUCAUGAGCCUGGAUUUCUCCCACCUCUGGAUGAGAAGAAAGAUAUCAGGCAUUCAACUACUUCACUGGCCAAUCUACAUGAAGCUUCUAUGCCUGAGUUGUUGGAACAUCUUCAUGAAACUAGAGUGGAGAAGAAGAAACUCCGCAAAGCGCUUCGAGAGUUUGAAGAGCAAUUUCUCAAACAAACCGGAAGGAAUGUACAGAAAGAGGAUCGCAUUCCAAUGGCUGAAGAAUACAUCCAGUACAAGCAUACAAAAGCCAAACUUCGAUUACUGGAAGUACUCAUUGCUAAACUGGAUGGUACAAAAACUGUUUUGAGUUCUUAAAGAUGAACUUUACUCAGAAGACAAUUUUUUUUGGUCUUUAAAACAACCAGAGGAAAUUAUUCAAUCCUUUCUAAAAUUCUGGAUAUUGGAUCCUCGCAUUUGUGCCAUAGAAACACUUUUUGGCUGCACUUUAUUAAUUACUGAAGUCUGAAAAUUCCAACAGUGACACGAGAAUGAACAUGAGGGUUGUUGAGCAACUAAUCAAAGUCACUGUCACCAAUGACAACAAACUUUACAAGAUGCACUGACGAUAUUUUUGAGUAGGUAGCUUUGAGAAUUUUAUGAAAUAAAUCCUAUUCUGGAUUAUGAUAACACUCCAAAUAGAUAAUUAUUUCUUGGCAAGGCAAAUGUUCAGGAGGGAAAAGUGUUUUGCUUGCCUCUAUGUGAAACAUCAUAGCACUUUAUUUAUGUCAUUGUGGGGUUAAAAAAUGUGUUAUGUCUACCAAAAACUGCCUUUUUCACAUUUUGAUGGUUUCUUCAUUUUUUAAAAAAAAUCACAUUACAGUUUAAAUAUAAUCAAUUUCUUGAAGGGAGAAAAAAGGAAAUUCAAAAUGAAUUUACAGUUGUUUGUACACCAAUCCCUUUUUAUGGCCAUUUAUUUGUAUUCAUUUUUGUAUUCCAGAUAUUUUAGACUGGCCACUAAAGGAAUUGUCAUUUAUCAUUUUGAUAAAUAUUUGCUGAAAGAUGUUUGCAAUUUAGAACAUUUGUACAGUGUGUAAUUCUGAAAUUACCAUAUUUUUGCAUGCAUACUGUCCCUGCAGCAUCUUUAAACAUCUGUGGGUUAAGGUUUGACUGACUUAAACUAACCUGAUCAAUCUUCUCAGCAAUCCACUGGUUUUUGAAAAACUGUUAUUUAAUUAGGUAGAUUAAAAAAAGUCAUUUGAGCCUUGGAAGUUCAUUAUUGAAAAGAACCCAAAAUUCCUUGAACCUAGUCUAUUUUUAAAUUGAACUUUGCCUUCUCCACAAUGAUUUGACCACUUUAACACAAUGUCACUAAUACAGAUUAGGAGUAGUGGUUUCCAAUACAAAUUCUUUAAAUACUCCACUUACCUAGGAGCUCUUGAGAUGCAGUGAGUGCUCCUAUCUCUGAGCUGGAAGAAACCAAGUUCAAGUCUCACCCGCUCCACAGGAAUCUCAUAACCUUGCUGAAUAGGCUGAUUAAAAAUAUCUUUACUCCAUUUACCUGCUCUCAUGAGUGUAUUUGGUGCUUUUUUUUUUUUCAGCCAAUUUCUUGUCAAUCAUCAGGUUUUACCUCUAAUUUUGAUCAAUUUCAAGAGGCAGAAUCCAGCAUAAAAAUCCAGCUUUUUUUGGAAAUUAGCACAAUAAAAUCUGGUUUUCUGCAGACUUUUCGGAAAGUAAUUUCCUCAAUAUAAGUAGGUUAAUAUUGUGCAGGUACAUCUGGUAGGAGAUGUAAAACCAGAAGCAAAAUACUGCUGGUGCUGCAAGUCUGAAAUAAAAAUAAAACAGAAAACACUUUCAAUACUCAACAAGUCAGGCACCCUCUGCAGAAAGAAAAACCGGUGACCUUUUGUUCUGAACUCGUGUUAUUUGCAGAGAUGUAAAAUUUGGAUUGAUGCUUGUUUUCUUCGAAGUUUGUUUUUGCUGUUAGCAAGACAUUCCCUCUGCAUCUUUCGGAUCUUAUCCCUUUUGGUUUGAACCCAUGUGUCUCAGGACUUUGUCAGUUUGAUCGUGUUAAGACCAUUUCAUGAUCUUUGAUUACAGAGGACAUGUUACUGAAUAUUUUCUGCUGUGAUUAACCAGCAGGAAUUGUUUUCAGCCUGUUUCAGGCCCACGUUUUUCAUCCUUUUCAUGUACCUUCUUUAACCUCCUCCUUACUGUGCUAGUACUGCUGGGCCAUAAUUUGCUAAUAUUGCUCGCCAUUAUUUGUGGACUAGAUGAUUCGUUAUUUUUGGGUGGUGAGGAGCAAAUACAUGGUUAAACUCAAACUAUCCAAAUGUUGCUAUCCCAAUUGUAUCAUUCCAGCUUCAUAAGAUGGCAGCUUGCUGUUUGGCUCACUGUUAAAAUGCAUCACCUAUUGUGAAAUUGCAAUCAGUACAAACUAAAGUCAUUAGUCAAGGUACAUUUUGGUCUCCGUUCAAUUUUUCAUGAUUUGGUCAGUGUUAUGUACUCCAACCUCACUGGUACUGAACUACAUGCUUCCUUGUCUUGUUCAGAGGUUCUUGAUGACCAGUUUCCUUCACCACAAUAUUGUUAGCUCACAUUUGUAGCAAUAUGCCAUGCAAAAAAAAAAUGUAAAAACUCGAAAGGUGUAAGUCCAAUUACUCUUGGAUUCACUGCCAAGCAAAUGAUAGUUGAUGUGUUUCUGAAGAUUUCAAUGCACCCUCAUUCUACAAUAUUGCACGAUUUCCUGUACCUUAACUUUGGGUUGUUUGUAGAUGCCCAGAUACCUUUGAAUUAGAAUUAAUGCAUCCCUAAUUGAGGAGGAGUACAACUACCUCCACCUACUGUUUCAAUCAAAUUCCUUAAGCUAAUUCUUCAAUGACUUGAAGCCUGCUUUGUUUGUUGACCUUUGGUUAUUUCAAGUCUGCACGUGUUUAUUACAAAAUUUAAUAAUUUUAUGGGUGCUACUAUCCAAAGCUGCCACUGUCUGGUUGAGACUUUUUUUAAAGAAAAAGUUACAUUUGACGACUUAAGUGUUUAUAUGACGUGUGCAAAGUUUUCGAAUGUAUACAGACAAAAACUGGGUUUGCCAAAAAUAUUUCCAGCCAACCUGAACUUCUCUCUAAAAUGGGAAAGAACACAAUCUUUGUUUGGUUCAGGCAUGCUGUUAGCUACAGUAAGUUAAGCAGUAGAACGCAGAUUUAACCUCUGUUGGAAGCAGUUGUUCAAACUCCCAUUGACAGUGACAGAAUUUAACUCAGGUUUUUAAUUUAUACCACCUUUAUAAAAAUCCUGUUUCAUAUUCUCCCAACUUCAGAUAUCUAAUCUGGAAGCAAUGUUUUAAAUGCUGUUAAUUUCCCAUUCUUAGUUGAAAUGCGUGUUUUCGAAGUAACUUGAGAUAUUUCUUUUCCUUGUUGGGGACCAUUCAAAAAUAUUGUUCGUUGUUCCAACCUGUCUCUGCAUGGGCAAAAAAAUGAAUAAAUUAUAAGCUACUGUUUGGUUAAGCAAA